UGAAUGAGUGUGAACAGAGAAAGCGAGCGCACUCUCGCAGCGCAGCGCAGCGCGCGGACAGCAUGGAGCACGAGCGGACUUUCACCGGAAUGUAAACCACUGCUGUUAUAUUAAGUUAAGGGCGGCGCAUCUUUUAUUUUAUUUAUGUUUUAUUAUUUCUUCUGAAUGCUCCACUUUUGGACGGGAUAUCUCACCGCAGGAUCAACAAUGUCCAUGUUUUCCCAGUUUGCAUGUUUUAUUUUGAACCUCCUGCUCUGUUUUCGUUCACACUUCUGCACGGAAAUCGAUUUCUGUCAAAUUGUGCAACUUGACAGCGCACGCGACUCGAGUUCGGGAGGCACGGUUUUGAAAAUAAGCGCUUUUAAUGAGGAUUUUUACCUGAAGCUCUUGCCAGACUCCAGCUUUCUCGCGCCUGAUGCCACUUAUGAAAGUCAUCCAAGCCAUGCAUCUCCCACAGCUUCUCAUGCAUCAGCAUCUUCUCAUCCAUCAGCAUCUUCUCAUCCAUCAGUCUCUGAGCUGAGACGAUGCUUCUACUCUGGAGAUGUGAACUCAGACUCGUCCUCCUAUGCAGCUGUCAGUCUGUGCGGAGGGAUGCGUGGAGCUUUCUCCUACAACGGGAUGGAGUACCUGUUCCAGCCCAGAAGCAGCAACCACACGACCCAAAGGUCCUCCUCCUCUAGCCUAAAGACUCACAUCAUACACGCCACCAGAAGUCCCCAUCACUCAACCUCCAGAUGCGGCGUGGCAUCAACCCCUGAGCAUGGCAUUGCAGAGUCCCUGGAAAAAUACAAACACCUGACUGCAAAGAACCUGACAGAAACCAUGCUCAGAAGCAUGACCAGGUCUAAAAGGUUCGCAUCUCUCCCCAGGUAUGUUGAGGUCUUGGUGGUCGCUGAUGACUCCAUGGCCAAGUUCCACGGUGACAACCUCAAACAUUACCUUCUAACUCUCAUGUCAGUGGCUGCCAAGCUCUACAAGCACCCCAGCAUCUUCAACUUCAUCAACAUCGUGGUGGUCAAGAUCAUGGUGAUCACAGAGCUGGAAAAGGGUCCCAAGGUCUCGAGCAAUGCAGCUCUGACCCUGAGGAACUUCUGCAGCUGGCAGAAGAAGCUCAACAAGGUCAACGACAAACACCCGGAGUACUGGGACACGGCUAUAUUAUUUACCAAGCAGGACUUGUGUGGAGCUAACACCUGUGACACUCUGGGCAUGGCUGAUGUUGGGACCAUAUGUGACCCUAAGAGAAGCUGUUCAGUCAUUGAGGACGACGGCCUGCCCUCAGCCUUUACCACAGCACACGAGCUAGGUCACGUCCUCAAUAUGCCUCAUGACAAUGUGAAGGCCUGUGAGGAGGUGUUUGGGAAACUGAAGGACAACCACAUGAUGUCACCCACCCUCAUCCAGAUCGACCGCAGCAGCCCCUGGUCUGUCUGCAGCGCUGCCAUCGUCACGGACUUCCUGGACAGCGGCCACGGUGACUGUCUUCUGGACCAGCCGCAGAAGCUGCUUGCUCUACCUGAGAAUCCUCCAGGACUCUCCUACAGCCUCAGCCGGCAGUGUGAGCUGGCCUUCGGCUCCGGAUCCAAGCCGUGCCCCUACAUGCAGGCCUGUGCCAAACUGUGGUGCACGGGGCAAGCAAGGGGGCAGCUGGUGUGCCAGACUCGUCAUUUCCCCUGGGCUGACGGCACCAGCUGUGGCAACAACAGGAUAUGUUACAGAGGGGCGUGCACAGAUAAGAACAACACCACUAAUGCCAAGGUAGAUGGCCGGUGGGGUAAAUGGGGGGCAUAUGGGUCUUGCUCUCGAACAUGUGGGGGAGGAGUUCAGCUGGCUAAGAGACUCUGCAACAAUCCGGUUCCAGAAAACGGAGGGAAAUACUGCCAAGGCCUGCGUGUGAAAUACCGAUCCUGCAAUCUGGAUCCAUGUAAAAGUUCAGGAAAAAGCUUCCGUGAGGAGCAGUGCGAGGCCUACAACGGCUUCAACCUCAACACCAACAGACUCGGCUCCUCUGUGGUCUGGGUGCCUAAAUACUCCGGAGUUUCCCCGAAAGAUAGAUGCAAGCUCAUCUGCAGGGCCAACGGCACGGGAUACUUUUACGUACUCGCUCCAAAGGUUGUGGAUGGAACACUCUGUUCCCCGGACACCUCCGCGCUCUGUGUUCAGGGGAAGUGUAUCAAGGCUGGGUGUGACGGCAGGCUGAGCUCCAACCUAAAGUUUGAUAAGUGUGGAGUGUGUGGAGGAGACAACCAGAACUGCAGAAAGCUCUCGGGAGUCUUCACCAAACCCAUACACGGAUAUAACUUUGUGAUCACCCUGCCAGUCGGAGCCUCAAACGUGGACGUCAGGCAACGCGGCUACCGGGGUUUGGUCAAUGAUGACAACUAUUUAGCCAUUAAAAACACUCAUGGCAGAUAUCUCCUUAAUGGGAACUAUGUGGUAUCUGCUGUAGAGAAAGACAUCAUCGUGAAGGGCAGUCUGCUGCGCUACAGCGGAACCUCCUCAGCUGUUGAGACGCUGCAGGCCACAAGACCUCUGCAGGAGCCCCUGACGGUGGAGGUGCUGUCUGUGGGUAAAAUGACUCCUCCUCGUGUGCGUUACUCCUACUACCUGGCCAAAGACAAGAAGGAGGAGAACAUCUUAAAGAAGGAGGAGAAAAAACAUGCCCAGAACAGCAUCCUCGAAGACUCUAAUAAGGUGGAGCUGAAGAAGCCAGCCUAUCAGAAGCCCUCCUGUAAGUGGGAGACCAGUGAUUGGGAGAGGUGCUCUGUGAGCUGUGGGAAAGGAGUCCAGAAAAGACUUGUCCAGUGUCUGGACUCUAACGGAAAGGCUUCCACACACUGUGAUAGCAGUCAGAAGCCCACUAUCAUCCGGGUGUGUGGUGAUCCCUGCCCCAUGUGGAGCGUAGGUGAGUGGUCUUCCUGCUCGAAAAGCUGUGGGAAAGGCUUCAAGAGACGACCUCUACGCUGCAUCACUCAUUCAGGACUGCACCUACCCAGAGAUCAAUGCUCUGGAGAGAGGAAGCCCCAGGAGCUAGAUUUCUGCAUGUUUCAGACCUGCUAGAGACUCGUUAGGACUUGUUAGGGCUGUAGGUUACAGUCAUUCUGUGGGACCACUUCUUUCCAGCUGAAAGAAACGUGUUCCGGAUUUACUUUCCUUUGUUGUUACUUAAGUGUCUCAUGGUGCCUCUUUGCAACAGGAGCAAAGUGAUGAUUGAGACUGGAGAUAGAUGUAUUUGAAAAGGCACAAGAGGUACAACAUUUGGUGUUAUACAGUACUGUGCAAAAGUCAGAGACUAUCCUUCAUUUAUUUCAAGUGACAGAUCGUUAGAUUUAGCAAUUUAUGGAUCUCUCGGUUGAGAAUGUGUAAUUGCACCAAGUAGGUGGAAGAGUACUUUUAAAAUGUGCAUUGUGGUGAAGGCUCUGUUCUGUAGCUCUCUCUUUUAGGUUGCCAGCUCUCUUCAGGUCUAAUUUUAUGAUUAUUUGGUUUAACAAUGCAUUAAUGAGCAGACAAAGACUGAGUUUGCCAUUCUGAUAUCUCCAUGUUCGCAGUAGCUCUAAUAUCAGCGCCAUUAGCAGGGUCUAUCGGAAAGUGAUAUGUCCAUAAAAACUUAAGAGAAAAUCCAGCAGAACAGUGUGAUUUUAGAAUGAAUAAACAGUAUUUGUCUUUGCAGGGAUAGUAGUAUAAAACAGUGAAAGGCUUCCAAUUUCAUUGUAUCCUUUACAAUAUAAUUUAUAAAAACAUCUGUUUUUUGUGGGUUUUCCAUAUUUUCAUAUUUCUCUUUAUGCAACUGGGUUUUUUCUGUCUGAUUUCUGUAAAAUCUUUCUAAUAUCUCCUAACAAAGGAUUAACUCUUAGGACCCUGUUUUAGCCAUCUGUAGGCGAGCUGUCCAUCAUGCACCAUGCACCUUGAUUGAGGGCAUGUCUAUGUGUCUUUGCUUUCGUAACAACGGGAAAAGUACACCUUACACGACUUGAAACAUGCAAAAGGUAAAAAAGGCGCAGCUGCCUGGAUGUGUCCUACGCUUCUCAGCAAAGGAAACUGACCUGCUGGUUGAUGCUUGUUCAUUUUUUUUUUCGUUUACUAAUGAUGUAAAAGUUUGCAUAGCUGCCAACUAGCAUGCGUUAUGGGUUUGUGCACUGCUGCAUGUCCUUAUGUGCAUUACAAGCAGGGUGCACAUGGCUGUUGACAAUUCCCAGCAAAGAUAACAAUGAAUGUCUGACUGUUAUUGUUUGUCUAGGUUGUAUUUAGUCAAUGGUACAGCUGUGUUUUUUGUUGGCAAGAUAGCAAUACGCCAGAAAUGAACCUAAACGCCACACCUGGUGUAGAUAUAUUUAGAAGCACCGUUGCUAGCAAUGAGCAUUGUGAAGAGUGCCUCGCGCAAGGUGUAACAUAGGGUCCAGAAUCAUUUUUGACUGAAACUGAACUAAAUGAAGGAUGCUCUCUGACUCAUUCUCUGCACAGUAGUGUAUACAGUAUGUGAUAAGUUGAAGUCACACACAGCCUACCUCAAAAAAACACUGAACUACAGCAGAAGAUCAUUACAAAUCUGAGAUAAAAUAAGAAAAAAGGCCUUGUUAUUAUUAUUAUACACAUCAUAGUGUAUUUUUGGGUAGAUAAAAGAACAUUUAUCAGAUUACAUUUACGGCAUUUAGCUGACGCUCUUAUCAAGAGUGACUUACAAGGUUAUUCCUGCUACAGAAGUGGGCCAAUGUAGUGUUAGGAGUCUUGCCCAAGGUCUCUUAUUGGUGUAGAGCAGUAUAGUCACCCAGAACAGGAAUUGAACCCCAGUCUCCCACAUGAUGUGGUAGCUCACUGGCAUGCAGUGGUGUUAUCCACUGCGCCACACCAACCACCUCUUCAAAUUAACACAAAUACCAGAAAAUUUAUGAGAAGAAAAUUAUAUUCAUUGAAUGAUAUACAUUGUAUCACAAAACUGAGUACACGCUUUACAUUUCUGCAGAUAUUAAAGUAUCUAAAGUAUAAAUAUUUUCAUGGGAAAACACUGACAAAAUGAAGCUUUGACACAAUCAAGCUAAUAGCUAAUAUAACAGUGUAAAUGUAUUUUUCCCUCAAAAUAACUCAAUAUACAGCCAUUAAUCUCUAAACCACCGGCAACAAAAGUGUACAGAGUACACCCCUAAUAGACCACACCCCUAAAUAGCCAAAUUGAUCACUGCUUGUCAUUUUCCCUCCAAAAUGUCAUGUGACUCGUUAGUGUUACUACUGUAGGUCUCAGGUGUGCACAGGGAGCAGGUGUGUUAAAUUUGGUAGCACAGCUCUCACACUCUCUCAUACUGCUCACUGAGAGUUCCAAUAUGGCACCUCAUAGCAAAGAACUCUCUCUCAAAGAACUCUGAGGAUCUUAAAAGACCAAUUGUUGCACUACAUGAAGUCUCGAAUAUCCUCCAGCUCUGUGAUGUUCGUCAUGGAGGAGUGGAAAAACAUUCCAGUGGCAACCUGUGAAGCUCAGGUAAAAUCUAUUUUCCAGCAUUUCUGGAAAAUAAUGGUGACCACACAAAAUAUUGAUACUUUAGGAACUUUCACUAAGUGGUAGACUCACUUUUGUUGCUGGUGGUUUAGACAUUAUUGGCUGUAUAUUGAGUUAUUUUGAGGGAAGAACAGAUUUACACUGUUAUAUAAACUAAGCUGCACACAGACUACUUUUUUUAUUUUUAUCUGCAGAAAUGUGAGGAUUGUACUCACUUUUGUGAUACACUGUAGGGCUGUGUGGCUCUUGCACUAUGAAAGCUUUUUAAAAGGUACUUAAGGUAACUUUAAGUAUACAUGGGAUAUAUAGUUAUACAUGUUUAUGUGUAAAUUAUCAUGUUUUUAUUAUACAUUGUUACACAUGUUUUAGAGCAAUUCCAAUCAUUGUAAAUUAUACAUGAAAGUUUACUGUAAUUUUUAAUACACAUCCUGGUGCUACAGAAUCUUGAGCAUUUUAAAGCAUUUUGUUUUUAUAAAAAAAGUGUGUUGUGGAUGUUGAUGUGGAGACGAGCAGCACCAGCUCAGUCAGUCCAUUAAAAUUAGAUUAACAGAGGUGAUAUUAUUCUUGCCUCUUGGAGGAAACUGAGAUAAUAACUUUAAUCCUCAGUGGCGCCCACUAGGCUAGAGCUCGAGCCAAACAUCUUAUGUAAUUGUGAUUAACCACCAUGUAUUCACCCCCUAACGACUUAAAAAUAUUCACAAAAAUCACAAAAUAUUCUCAUACUUGUGUGGGAAAAAACAGUGAAACAGUGGCAGUAAAACCUGUACUGCAAAUCUUCAUUGUAUGUUGAUUUCAAUACUAGUGUUGGUGAAGUCAAUGCAAAAAAAAAAAAUAAAAAACCCUUAAACAUCUACAUACAGGGGUUGGACAAUAUAACUGAAACACCUGUCAUUUUAUUGUGGGAGGUUUCAUGGCUAAAUUGGAGCAGCCUGGUGGUCAAUCUUCAUUAAUUGCACAUUGCACCAGUAAGAGCAGAGUGUAAAGGUUCAAUUAGCAGGGUAAGAGCACAGUUCUGCUCUAAAUAUUACAAUGCACACAGCAUUAUGGAUGACAUACCAGAGUUCAAAAGAGGACAAAUUGUUGGUGCACGUCUUGCUGGAGCAUCUGUGACCAAGACAGCAAGUCUUCGUGAUGCAUCAAGAGCCACGGUAUCCAGGGUAAUGUCAGCAUACCACCAAGAAGGACCAACCACAUCCAACAGGAUUAACUGUGGACGCUGUAAGAGGAAGCUGUCUGAAAGGGAUGUUCGGGUGCUAACCCCGAUUGUAUCCAAAAAACAUAAAACCACGGCUGAUCAAAUCACGGCAGAAUUCAAUGUGCACCUCAACUCUCCUGUUUCCACCAGAACUGUCCGUCACCACAAUAAAUUAUUGUGCUCUAAAA